CGUGACUCAGCAGAAGUUAGUGCAUUAAUGAGGUGGAAAACUCUCAGUAUUAAUUUUUCUUGUCCCAUGCUGAAAAGCUGCCAGUUACAGUUUUCACUUUUUAAUCUGAGAAAUCCUGUGACGCUAAAAAGAUGUCAAAGCAAACCUCUAUCGAUUUGGAACCCAUUUAUGAGGAAAAAGACAAGGCGGUGCCAUCUCCCAGCAUUAAGUCUACGCCCAAAGCUGCAACACUGAAACGAAGACUCACAAGAUCGUUUAGUAUAAGGAGGUUUUCAUUGAGGCAGCUAAGCCUAGAACUGUGCUUAUACGAAGACUCAGUACCUGUUAUCACACUGGUCACUGAAGGAAGGCUGGAGGAGCUGAAGAGUGCUGUAAAGGAGCACAAUUUGACCCUGACAGAGGUUGACGCAAAUGGUAAAACACUUUUGCAUCAUGCCGUUCUACACAACCAAGAGCUCAUCAUGUCGUUCCUGAUUGAUAAUGGUGGUAAUAUGGAUGCUGUGGAUAAUAGUGGAAACACUCCUCUCCAUCUAGCUGCUGACAAUGAUCUUCCUGAAGCCUGUCACCUCCUGUUGACAAAUGGUGCAAACGAUUCCAUCCUUAAUAAAGACGCAUACGCCCCGCUGCAUCUUGCAGCUCGAGGGAAAAACAAGUCUCUUUCAGCCAUAUUAGACCACCCUAUUAAUACAUCUGUGCAAGGACAUCGUGGCAUGACUGCAGUACAUAUUAUCUGUGAGCACGACAACAUCGAAGGAAUGGACAUCAUUCAGACCAAGGUUAUUGCUGAUCUAUUGAAGACCAAACAAACGGAUUUCAAAAUAAAAUUUUUAGCCCCUGACGACAAUGGACUGACUCCAAUUCAUCUAGCAGCUCGGAAAAAUUCUUACCGAGUGCUCGAUUACAUUAUCCACAGGGCAAUUGAGUUUGGGCAUGAUAUUGACGUAGUGUUCGGAUUUCUGGACGAGGAUAACAGUACUCCACUACACGCUGCCAUAGACAGCUGCAACAUAGAAGUCGUUGAGGUACUGCUUAAAUACGGAGCCUCUCCAGUCGACUCCAAGGGCGACCUCAUCCCCCCUCUGCAUCUGGCCUGCUCUCAAGGAAAAUCCGACAUGGUCAAGAUGAUGGUGGAGCAUGCUGGUCCUCAAAUCAUUUCAUCCACAGAUCAACAACAGAAGACACCUCUCCACCAUUGUACACUGUCCAUCCACAGCUCCUUUAUGAUCCCCUUCUUAAUCCAAAAUGGAAAAGGAAUUAUCCAGAUUGAUGCUCACGAUGCAAGAGGCCGUACUCCCUUACAUAACGCCAUCACCUCAGCUAAUCUGGUCGGUACCAAAGAGUUGAUUUCGUACGGGGCGAGUCCACUUGCCAAGGAUAAGAAAGGAUUAAAUGCUCUUCAUCUUGCGUUGACCAACAAAAAGAAGGUGAUAGUCAAUGCUCUUUUAGAGCUGUCCUGUGCUCCUGAGCUGAUUAGCCAAACUUGUAACAAAGGAUACUCAGCAAUCCAUCACGCUCUUCAUGUAGGCCAUAGUGAAGUGAUCCCUAAAAUGAAUGCAGCCCUCCGUCACGCUUCUGAGGUUCAGAAAAUGGAAGACGAAGAAGGAAAUAACUACCUUCACAUAGCUGCCGGUAAAGGUGAUUUCAAAGCUCUGAAAGCUCUCCUAAACGUGCCUCAGAUUUACCUGCUGCUGAACGAACCCAACAACUGUGGCAUGACCCCACUUCACUCUGCUGCCACUGCAGGUAAUUUUCGAUGCAUUGACCUCCUGUUAAACAAUGGUGCCAUGUUCCACAAAGCCUUGAAUGGCGAAACAGCAUUCAUGAUAACUUGCAAGAAAGGCUUUACGAGUUGUGCCACGCUGCUGCUACAGUCGCAACCGUCGCAGAUUGAAGUCACUGAUGAACAUGGCAAUACUGCUCUUCAUGCAGCGGCAAUAAGCAAGACACCAUCACUGAUUACGUUAAUACUUGACAAAAAUUGCAAGCUGGGUGCCAACUUUGAAUCACUAAGCUUCUUUGACAUGAUCAUUGACAGUGGUGACUUGGACUGUGUGCUGGCAGUGAUCAACCAUGAUCGCUGGCAGGAGUGUCUCGACUUUUUCUCUCCUUCUUGCCCCAGCCCCUUUAUACGACUUAUUGAGCAAAUGCCUAAAGCGGCCAAAGCAGUGCUAGAUCGAUGUCACUCGAGAGCCACCCUCGACAAAUCCCAUCCAGACUAUUGGGAAUCCUUUGAUUUUAAGUACCUCUACAGCCAAAAAUUGAAGGAGAGUAAGAUCGACGAUAGUCUCACUUUUGCUUCCAAUUCAGUACACCCAGAAAAAGAAGAUGUUUCUGAGGCAACAGUAAAUUACAAAGGAAACGGUCGAAGUAAAUUACCUCAAGAUCAAAGUCCAAUACGUGUGAAGGAAGUAAAUUUUGGACAGAAGACAAUGAAAGUCUUACAGAAGAUGAAACAAUUCAAACGGCAAGCUCUUCUAACUCAUCCAGUAGCGAAUACUUAUUUGGAGUUAAAGUGGCGAAGGUAUGGGGGUAUCUACUAUUAUAGUGUGUACGCCUUCAUAUUCAUAAUGGUUGUCCUUCUUUCAACAUUUGUUGUGCUUGCUCCACAUCCACUUAAACAGCUUAGCACUGUAAACGAGACUGAUCCGAACAGUACUGAAAUCGAGGAACUCUUAGCUCUCACUCUGGAACUCAAAGUGAUACGCGGUGUGACUGUAGGCUUGAAUACACUUUACCUAAUAUUCAUCAUUUUGAAUAUUUUCAUACUUAUUAAAAGGAAAUGUGGUAUUGGUUUAUUCCUUCGAAUUAUAGUCAACAAAAUCUUAUCGGUGAUCUUUAUGUAUGUCUUUUUUUUAUACUCCAAUCCGGUAGCAUGGCAACUGGGAGCUGUCAGCUGCUUUUUGUCGUGGCUGUCUCUCUUCCUACUCUUAGAGACUCUUUCACUCCCUGGUACCAUUGUUAAAAUGCUUCUCGAAGUUACCAAAACAGUUCUCCUUGUACUUUUUGUUAGCACAUUCUUGUUGCUUGCAUUUGCCUUCUCAUUCUACAUCCUCGCUGGCAAUCUCGGUGACUUUGACAAUGUUGGAUACUCUUUUCUCUCUAUAUUUGGCUUUAUGCUGGGAGAGUUGCCCUAUGACAAGUAUGUCAGAUUAGAUGUGGCUGGGGAUCUGCGUUUUGGGACAACUGUUCUUGUUUUCAUUAUGUUUUUGGCCAUUUUACUAGGCAUUGUCCUUGCUAACGUACUCGUUGGCUUAGCUGUGGGGGACAUUGAAAGAGUAAAGUUGAAUGCCAUUCUGCAGAGAAAGGACAUUGAGAUCGAAUACUUUGCUCAGGUAGACGCCUCAAUUCCAAGAGGAACUUUGAAACGCUUUUCUCUUCUAUCGCACACCAUCUAUCUGAAUAGGAAUCGUUUGAUAUGGUCAUUAUGGCGAGAAAGUUGGAAGUGGAUUGAGCAUCAAAUCGAACCAGAACAAUCAGACACUACUAGCUCUGCAAACAUUGCAGCGUGCAUCUCAGAUAUUGCCGACCUAAAGCUCCACGUUCUCGAGCUGAAGGAGACACUGCAGCUGAUGCAAGAAACAAAUGCCGAGUUAAGACGCUAUCAUGGUCUGUCAGCUCAGAGCAGCAUGAGUUUAUUUGAUUUUAACGCUAGUGAAGAGCUUAUAUAGUUUUUUUUUGGCACAUGCAUGCACAUUAUCAUUUAUAUAUAUGCACCACGAUUUAAUAUAAAUACUUAUUGCAAGGAAUGGUGCAAAAAGUGGGAAAUGAUUGACCAUAAUUAUUACGUUUGUUUUCUAUGACUAGAUCUAGAAGCCUAUAAAAGCUUUUACUUCUCGAUCUUGCACAUCACAUAUCAUUGAGCAACUGUAGCAGUCUACACAAAUAUGCUACUAUAUACCUUGCUGU